AUGGGCUAUGAUGUGAGCUAUGAUGUGGGCUAUGAUAUGAGCUAUGAUAUAGGCUAUGAUAUGGGCUGUGAUGUGGGCUAUGAUAUGAGCUAUGAUAUAGGCUAUGAUAUGGGCUGUGAUGUGGGCUAUGAUGUGGGCUAUGAUGUGGGCUAUGAUAUAGGCUAUAAUGUGUGCUAUGAUGUGGGCUAUGAUAUGAGCUAUGCUAUAGGCUAUGAUAUGGGCUAUGAUGUGGGCUAUGAUAUAGGCUAUAAUGUGUGCUAUGAUGUGGGCUAUGAUAUGAGCUAUGAUAUAGGCUAUGAUAUGGGCUGUGAUGUGGGCUAUGAUAUAGGCUAUAAUGUGUGCUAUGAUGUGGGCUAUGAUAUGAGCUAUGAUAUAGGCUAUGAUAUGGGCUGUGAUGUGGGCUAUGAUGUGGGCUAUGAUAUAGGCUAUAACGUGGGCUAUGCUAUAGGCUAUAAUGUGUGCUAUGAUAUGGGCUAUGAUGUGUGCUAUGAUGUGGGCUAUGAUGUGAGCUAUGAUGUGGGCUAUGAUAUAGGCUAUAACGUGGGCUAUGCUAUAGGCUAUAAUGUGUGCUAUGAUAUGGGCUAUGAUGUGAGCUAUGAUGUGGGCUAUGAUGUGUGCUAUGAUGUGACCCCAUUAUUUUUCUAA